CCUGACAUCAUGCUCUUUCCUGAGCUUUGGCAAUAAACUGAAUGGAUGGACUGCUUGUCUCCUGACACUGGAUCUCUCAGUUUGGAAAGGUUUUUCUUCCUGCCAGGUUAGCUUGUGGUUGAAAGUGCCAUCAAACUAAAUCUAAUCAUGGGGCAAGCUGUUGUCUCGGGACCGGUAAAUCCAGCUGCAGUUGAGGAAACAGAUCAUCAACCAGCAGUCCCAGGGAUGGUCAUGGAUGGCCUGGAAUCUGGGGAAAUCACUCCACCCACCAAGAGGAAAAGCAAGUUCUCAGGCUUUGGCAAACUCUUCAAACCCUGGAAAUGGCGGAAAAAAAAAAGCAGUGACAAGUUCAAAGAAACAUCAGAAGUUUUAGAGCGGAAAAUAUCCAUGAGAAAGCCGAGAGAGGAGCUGGUGAAAAGAGGGCUUCUGUUGGAGGACCCUGAGCAGGGUGGAGAUGAUUCUGGAAAGUUCAGCCAUACCACAUUAAAGAAUGGCCACACUAUUCCCAUCGGGAAUGCUGGGCCUUCCAAUCCAGGCCAGGUGGAGGAGCUAGGAAGGAUAACAAGAUUUAAGAAGCCUCCUCCAGGAGAGGAACCAAAGACACAACCAGGCUCAUCUGGAAGCCGGCCCAGUUCUGAAGUGGACCUUAUUCCUGAACCAGCCCCGAAAACACUUUUGCCACGUCCCAAAAGGCCUUUGUCAUCUUCUCAUGAAGAAAAUGAUGGGCAAGCAAAUGAUACCACCAUUGGCAGCACUGCAAGGACCAUUUCCUCCUCCUCCUCCUCCUCCUCAACCUCCUCUUCUUCCUCUUCUUCUACAGCACCCACUGCCACUGCUGCAGCCCUGGGCCUAGCAAAGACAAUUAGUUCCUCCAGCACCCCUUCCCCAGCUCCCAGGACUAUACCUGCUGUUCCCAUCAGCACUAACACGACUGCUCCCUUGAAUGUGAUCCACACUGCCUCUGCCAAGCAGCCCCCCGUCCCUCCCCCUAAACCAGCUAACAGAAAUAGUAACCCUGUUAUUGCUGAGCUUUCACAAGCAAUAAACAGUGGCACAUUGCUUUCAAAGCCAUCCCCGCCUUUACCACCCAAGAGAGGGAUUCCAUCUACUCUGUUGCCUUCCUUGGAGUCUGCUGCUGCCACAACAAAACCUCCAAAUGGUCAGAGAGAAGGGACCAGUUGCUCUGCCUCCAAUUCAGUCCAGAUGAUCCCACCUCCCUCCCCUUCUCCUCCUCUGCCUACUCAUAUACCUCCUGAACCCCCAUGUUCUCCUCCAUUGCCUCCUAAGACUCAUCAAAUUGUGCCAGAAAUUGAGCGUUUACCCUCCCUAGAUCUACCCCCAGAAGUCCCUCAGCCAGAAGAUCAGACCUUUGAGGUGCCCAAGAGAAUGCUUGAGCAGAGCUUUGGAGAGCCCCACAUACCAUCAAGACUUCCCCUGCUGCCACUACAUAUCCGUAUCCAACAAGCCUUGACCUCCCCUCUUCCUGUCACCCCACCAUUGGAAGAGUCUCAGCGGGCCCACUCCUUGCUUUUUGAGAACAGCAAAGGCUUUUCUGAAGAUGGUGGUACACUGGGUCGGACAAGGUCACUCCCUAUCACAAUUGAAAUGCUUAAAGUUCCAGACGAUGAAGAGGAAGAGGAUCAGCCUUGUCCAUCAGCUCAUAUUGGAGAAACGGGUUCUGCCACAGUCAUUCCUAAGCUCAUACCACAGUGUGUGCAGGAGGAGGAGGAAGAAGAAAAGGAAAGUGACUCUGAUUCUGAGGGCCCCAUUUUGUAUAGAGAUGAAGAAGAUGAAGAUGAAGAUGAAAGCCAACAUAGUGCUCUGGCUAACAAAGUGAAGAGGAAAGAUACUCUGGCCAUGAAGUUGAAUAUCAGACCUAAUGAAUCAGACCUGGGGCUGAAUUCUUGGCCUCGAAAGAGCAAAGAAGAAUGGAAUGAAAUACGACACCAAAUUGGGAACACAUUGAUUAGGCGGCUGAGUCAGAGACCUACAGCAGAAGAACUGGAACAGAGGAACAUACUCCAGCCCAAAAAUGAAGCUGACCGGCAAGCAGAGAAACGAGAGAUCAAACGUCGACUCACCAGGAAGCUUAGUCAAAGGCCUACAGUGGCUGAACUCUUGGCCAGGAAAAUCCUCAGAUUUAAUGAGUAUGUAGAGGUAACUGACGCUCAGGACUAUGACCGGCGAGCUGACAAGCCCUGGACAAAGUUAACCCCUGCGGACAAGGCUGCCAUUCGAAAGGAACUCAAUGAAUUUAAAAGUUCAGAGAUGGAAGUUCAUGAAGACAGCAAACAUUUUACACGCUUCCAUCGACCAUGAUGCUGACUUUUGAAGAAGAAGCUUAAAGGCCCCCAAAACAGGGCUGUUUUCAAGCUUUCAUCUCUAGAUACAUGGAAGACCCUUUAGUUCUCCACAACAAUUCCAGAAAUGGGCUCUCCAUAGUUCUAGGUGGGCAGCAUCUCUCUGAAUGUAGCAUUUCACUGGAACAGAUGCAUCAGAAAGGCCCCUGGGGCCAGACCGAACACUAUACCAGUGCUUUUCCACCUUUGUGGACUGCAUCUCAUACUUCAAGGGGAGCCCAGAGUUCUUAGGAGGAUUUCCAAGUUGUACAUUUUGCUGCCCUGUGUGAAUGCACUCCUGGUACUGCUAGGGUGGUCCCCAACCAGCAGUGGCAUGGCAGAAUCCCUGCCCACUCAACCCAGCUGGUAGAGAGACUGGAGCUGCCAGCACCUGCCUCCUGGGGAAAGCACACGCUGCCCUUCAACCAGCUCUUCGGUCACUGGGACAUACAGGAAAGGGUUCUGGCCUAUCACGAGUGUGUGUCAUUUGUUAAGGCCAGUCAGAAAGCUCUGUCUUAUACCUCGCGUAACCCAGCAAUACUCUUCAUCAGACAAGUUGGGCCUAAGAGAUGCCCAUAAUCCAUUGACUCAUCCAUUUUGACACCAAUCAGCCAGGUUCUUUAUUGUAAAUAGUCUUUAAAAAAUGGUGGGAACAUCUAUUUUUCCUGUUGGGUUUUUGUUGUUUGUUUAGUCUGAGCUGAAGCACCAGAUUCUGAAUUAGUGAAAUGGGAAAUAUAUAUAUUUUCUUGAUGCAAAAACAAAAUAAAAAACUACCCCACAGGUAGGCAGGAAACUGACAUAGAUCUGACUUGUAGUCAAAGGCUUUUGUAUUUUGUUGUCUCGGUGCUAGACCGAAUCACUACUGACCAAGAACUCUCUUCUACAGAACAGCUGAGCAGCUGUCAGAGAGGGUCACUCCCACCCCAGCCACACGUGCAGCCAAGCCUAGGGGUUUUGGGGCAAAAAGAAGAAGGGCAGAAUCAUGCCCUGCUGCCCCUCUCUGGACCCUGUGGCAGCAUCACCCCUACUGUGUUUCACCCUUCAUCUCCUUGUUUCCCCUCUUUCCCAACAUGCGCACGGAGACACACACACACACACACACACACUCCCAGCUGUUCCUCCAAGGGGUCCCAUUUGUCGUCAUUUUUGCUAUGUCUUCUAAGGAAUGGCUCAGAUGCACUCUUAGUUCUGUGAAAACCAUCUAUCCUCUUUAUUUCCCUCAGGUUCAUGCCCAUGGUAAGAAGAAGAAAAAAAAAAUGAGUCCUACUUCCACUACCGAAUGUAGUUUUGUGGUUUGUUUGGGGGGGGGUGUUUUUUUCUUAAAAGUUCUGUAAAUUGUGCCAGUUUCCUAGAUGGUUUUCUCCCAUUUUUUCCUUAACUUCUCCUUUGUCCCCUUGGUUUUUCCUUAGCCCUAUUCUCCCUUUUCCAUUUCUCUGUCAGUAUGUCAGUGUGAAGCCUACUGUAAAAUAUUUGUAUUUCAGGUCUGAACAAAGGGCUAAAGUGACCUUAAAGGUGGUGUUUCAUUGGGGUGGGUGCUGUGUCUAUGUCCUAUGGUAAGAUUUGGGAUGCCAAUGGGAAGGCAAGUGAUGGUGCUACAGAAGAUGUGAGCUAUCAGCUGAAGGCAAACAGGCCCAGACAGUAACAGCUGCUCACUUGUCUUCUCCUAAUCAUUCCACCUGCCUGAGGAAUGGCUUCAUCCACACCUCUAGCUAAAUGAAGCCCACCCUGUGCAGUUGGCCCCCACCAGCAUUCUCUGGGGCCUGAGAAGAUGUUUGUAACCUUCCUUUCACUGCCUUUGCUUUCCAAUCCAAAGGUGCCAAGCUGGUACCAGGUUUGGUGUCCUGGGUAACCAGUCUGCCUUCUGUGUGCCACCAGGGAGCCCCAGUAACCUUCAUCUCAGUCAUGUUUUUGGAGGGGGGUGGGGGGACCCAGUCUUUUUCAGGGUUUUUUAUAGAAUGGAUUUUGAAUUCCCUUUCCCUAUAAUUAUCAAAAAUUCAUAUAAUGUAAAAAAGAAGUAAAGUUCUUCCUAGAAAACCUGGUAUAUUAGGCUUCAGAAUGCUUUCUUGAUGUACAAAAUCUCUUUGUAGAGGAAAUAAUUACAUUGUAUAUCAGUCUUCCUAUCAAUAAAUAUUAAUUAUUAAAAUGUUA